GAUGUACACGGUGGCCAUGUGAUGUACACGGAAGUGUAACUCCUCCGCACCGCAGUUGUCAGUACCUUGCAGAGUUGUAGAACCGGUCUACACCGUUAAUGUCUAAGUAGUAUAUUGAAACAGCUGGUUAAUGUAGGUUAGUAGUCAGCUCGUAACUAGUCGUCAUGUUAUUGUUGAGUGUUGUUAGCAGUGUGUGUCUGCUCCUCGCGACACUACAUGCGGUACAAUGUGACGCCGAAUUGAAUACAUCUACAGGUGAGAAUACCGGACAACUCGGGAAGUAUUCGGUGCAGCUCGAGACUAACUCGUCCAACGGCACCGACCUAACCUACGGCUUCGUCUCGUGCGGGGUGGCCGUUCUGUUUUACGGUUCCAACUUUGUCCCGGUGAAGAAGAUACCCACCGGAGACGGGCUGUUCUUCCAGUGGGUGCUGUGUGCAGCAGUCUGGAGCGUCUCUCUGGUGGUCAACAUUAUUCUGGGGUCUCCCACCUUCUGGCCGCUAGCCAUGCUGGGGGGGGCCAUCUGGGCUACAGGUCAGUAUACCUCUAGCCAUGCUGGGGGGCCGUCUGGGCUACAGGUCAGUAUACCUCUAGCCAUGCUGGGGGGCCGUCUGGGCUACAGGGUGUUGGCCCUGGUGGUGUGUAACAGGGUGUUGCUGAGGGGUGUGGUGGUGUGUAACAGGAUGGUGUGUGGUGGUGUAAGACCGCGGACCAAAAGACUGGUUGGUUCUCUCCUAGCUGUGGCAGCAGGUUUGUUGUACGGUACCUCUUUUGUUCCAGUUCUCUACAUUAAGAACCACGCAGCACAUCAUGACAGCCGCUUCACCGGGGCAAGCCAGUUUGAUCUGGACUAUGUGUUUGCCCAGUUCAGUGGGAUAUUCCUGACCAGUACGGUCUACUUCCUGAUCUACUGCGCUGCCAUGAAGAACACACCUAGAGUCUACCCUAGAGCAAUACUACCUGGCUUUGUCUCUGGGGUGAUGUGGGGUAUUGCUACCUGCUGCUGGUUUCUGGCCAACACCUACCUGAGUGCUGUGGUCAGUUUCCCCAUAAUAACCACGGGUCCUGGUCUGAUUGCAGCUCUUUGGGGAGUGGUGGUCUUUAAGGAGGUUAAGGGUUGGUGUAACUUCCUCAUCCUGGGCAUGGCGUUCUCAUUGGUUCUCGCUGGAGCCCUGCUGACAGCCUUCUCCAAGGUGUGACACACACCUGGUCUAAGGUGUUAUGACUUUCCGCCAGACACUCAGGGAACCAGGAUGGUUACUGUACUCCAAAAGGGAACUGUCUUUUCACCUAGUUUCUAUGGAAAUCAUUUCUAGUUAGUCUCUUAAUAUUUUAAUGUUUGAUCAAAUUAUUUGUCUAUUUCCAUGAAUUCAUCUCAAAGGGAUACUAUUUUUUAUGAAGCUAUCUAAUGUGAUACCAGUGGAUGAAGAGGUUUAGCUGUAGAGUUAUAUAAUGUAAUGUUACAGCCAGUGGAUGAAGAGGGUUAACUGUAGAGUCAAUACUACCUGUUGAUCUGGCCAAAGUAAACACUUCUAAGAUCAA